AUGCUUCAAAGAAAGAUAAAUUUAUGCCUUUGGUAUAGAUAUAGGAUAAGGUGCUACCAAAAUGAAGAAACUAAAGGAAUAGUAAAUAUUAUGAGAAGAAAAGUCCAAGAGUUUUGUUCAAAUAAUACGAGAUACAGAAAGAUUACAGUCAUACCAUUUGAUAAUAAAGAACUGUCAUUAAAUAUAGAAUAUAAAAAUAUACCUUUUGAUAUAGAUGAAUUAAAUAAAAAAAGUAAAAAUGAAAUAUUAAAUAUUUAUAAAAUUGUUAGAAAUAAAAAUGAAUUAAAUAAACUACCAAGUGAUUUUUUAGAUAACUUAUUUGAAUGUACAAAAAAAUAUAUUCGUUGUUUAUUACCUUAUGAAAUCGUAAAAAUAUAUAAAACAUUAAAUAUAUUAAAAAAAAAUAAUAAAGAUUUAAAUUUAUUAUUACAUCAACAUAUAAAAAGAAUAUAUAAAAAUUUUGAUAUUAUAAGUAUCAGUAAAUUAUUUCAAAUAUAUACCUUUUCAAAAUCAAAGCCAAUAUAUAUAAUAAAAAAAUUAUCUGAAACAUUUUUAAAUAAUUUAACACAUUGUAACAAACCUUGGUGUUUUAGAGAAGUUAUAUCUAUAUAUUCAUAUUUUAAAAUAAAUUCACCAGAACAUAUAGAUUAUAUAUUUAAAAAAUGUGUACCUAUAAUAGCAAAAAAUAUAAUGAUGUAUACACCAAAAGACACUACUAUUAUUUUCUACAGUUUUGUAAAAAUGAAUAAAUAUGAUAAAAUUUUAUGUCAUGCUAUAACAAAAAAUGUAAUUUUAAAAAUCCAUUUAUAUGAUUUUAAUCAACUUUCGAUUAUAUUAAACUCGUUUGCUAAAAUCGGAGAAAAAAAUAAUAAACUAUGUAAAGCCAUAUGCGAUCAAAUCAAAAAUAAAAUGAAAACUGGGAAAACCAAUACAGGUUUAGGAAUACACUCUAUGCCUUCUUCUUCAAAGUUAGAGCCAAGUAAUAUCAAACACAACGGCUCGAAUGAAGAUGAUACUUCUAACUUUAGGGAAAAAAAAUUGAUGGAAAUGAAAAUAGAUGAUAUUACAAAACAUGAUGAAGCAAUAAUUGAAUUAAAUGAAAACGAAACAGAAUGUAAACAGAUAAAAAGAUGUGAAAAUAAAAAUGACUUAUUAGAAAAUCGAAUUUUAAAACCAAAAGAUGUUUCUGUUAUAUUAAAUGCUUUGAUAAAGCUUGAAUAUUAUAAUAAUGAAACAUUUAAUUGUUUAAUUCCAUUUAUAAUAAAUAAUAUUUGUAAAUUUUCUCCACAAUCAUUAAGUAAUUUAGCUCAUGCUUAUUCACAAAUACACAUUGAUAAUACAUUGUUAUUUGAUAAGUUAGCUAAUGAAUCGAUAAUGAAAAUACAUAAAUUUAAAAAUAAAGAAUUAAGCAAUUUAGCUAACUCUUUUGUACGAUUAAAUAUAAAAAAUAAAACAUUGUUUACUUAUAUAAUAGAUGAAUUUUUAUAUAGAUCUACUAUUGGUUCUAAAUUUCAAACAUACAAAUUUGAUAUUUUGUCAUUACAACAAUUUGCCUACUCAUUUAGUAAAGUUGGAUUAAAAGAUGAAAAAGUAUAUAACAUUUUAUACAACACUUUAAUUAAAAAAAUUCAUGAAAUAAAAAAAAUGAAAAAAAAAAAUAAAAUAAACGAACAAAAUUUAUUAUUAGGGAAUAACAAAAACCAAACAAACUCCUGUUCAGACAUUAUGAUAAAUAAAAAUACAAAUUCUUUAUUAUUUAGAACAAAUGAAAUGGUAGAAAAAAAUAAUUUUGAUUUUUUUUUCAUUUCAACAUUUGUUAAUUCUUAUAGUAGAGCAAAAAUAAAUCAUAAAAAUUUUACACACUUUAUUAGUUACAUAAUUCGAAAAAAGAAGCAAAAUAAUAAUGAGAUAUUAUCAAAUCAAUCAUUAAGUAGUUUGAUUUAUGGUUUAACUAAAUUAAAAAUUCAAGAUAAAAAAAUAUAUCAAUUAUUACUUAAAGAAUGUAAUGAAAAAAUCGAUUCAUUACAGCCAUUUCAAAUAGCAUUAAUAUUAUAUUCAUUUAGUAAGUUGAAAAUAUAUUCUUAUAAAUUUGUUAAAAGAUCUAUACAAAUAUUAAGUAUGAAUAUACACAAUUUGAGUUUAACUGAUUUAUCUUUAGUAUGUUAUUCAUUAUCAAACUUUUUAUACAGAGAUAUAAUAUUUUUAUAUAAAGUUCAAAAAAUAAUAUUUAUAAAUAAUUACGAAUUUAAUAAAACUAAUGUUUGUCAACUUUUUAAUUCAUUUACAAAAUUAUGUUUUUAUUAUAAACCAUUUUAUGAUUCUAUAUUUCAAAAAAUAUUUGCCUUUAUGCAUGAAUUUGAUGAAAAAGAAUUAAGUAAUCUUGUCUUUUCAUUUAUUUAUUACUUUCAUAUGGUCAUAUUACAGAAUUAUGCCAACAUGGAAAAAGCUACUACACCCUCUGUCAUCGAUUUGAAUGCUAAUGGCCAUAAGAAUGAGAUCACAUAUGUUGUUAAAAACCAAACAGAUAAGCCAAAUGAAGAAAUAAAAAUAAAGCCCAAUACAAGCAGUAAAAUACACACAUUUGAUGAAAAAAUUGAGGAAGAUACUGUUAUUAACAAUGAUAGCAAACAUAAUAAAGCUUCUCACUUAUUGAGAGAAAAUAGUCCUAAUUUGAUUUUAAAAAAUAAAGAAGAAUUUUUUAAAAAUGAAUUAAAUAUUUUUUUUAAUUUAAUUUUUAUUUUAAAUGAAAAAUAUAGACAAAAAUUAUCACUAAUUAGUAUAUAUCAAUUACAAAUAGUAGAUUUAUAUUUACGGGCAUUUUUUACAAACUAUUUUUCAUUUCCAAAUUAUUUAAAAAGUUUUUUUUUCAAAUGCAGAAAUGUGAAACUUAAAAUCGAUGAUUAUGUUUUAUUAUCCUCAAAAAUGCAUCGAAAUAUUUCUCGAUAUCUUAAUGCAGUUGGUGUUAAACAUAAAAGUGAAGUUAUUUUUGGCCCAUAUCAACUAGACAUUGUUGUCGACUUUUUGGAAAAUGAUAUAAAAAAUAAAUUUAAUUUAAAUUUUGACGACAAAAUGAAUGAAGAAAAUCAUAGUAAUAAUGUAAUAUAUAAACGAAAGGGCUUAGAAAAUGAAGUAGUUGUAAAAAAAGAAUAUAAAGAAAAAUAUAAUGUAAUUGAAAAGUUACUAACAAAAAAUAUUGUCAUAGAAGUUGAUGGCAUAUCUCAUUUUUAUAAAGAAAGUUAUAGUAGAACAUUAAAUUCAAUAAUAAAAAAUUAUAUUUUAAAAAAAUUUGGAUGGAAUAUAAUACAUAUACCAUAUCAAGAAUGGAAUCAAUGUUAUAAUUUUAAAACCAAACUAUUAUAUGCCAUUCACAUUUUUAAGAAGAUUCUUCACAUCAAUCGAGAUACUGUAUCUCCAAAAGAUUUUAUAUAUUUUAUGAGUAAUGAAAAUGGAUUUAAUCAACAAAGUACCAAUAAUAAUGACGCCUCUGAAAAUAUGUCACAUACAAAGGAAGAGAGUAACAACUUUAUGGAUCAAGAUAUGCCUAUUAAGAAUACUGAUAAAAAUGAAAAAACUGAACAAGAGGAAGAAAAAAGUAUUCCAGAUUUUUACACAAUAGAUGAAGAAACAAUUUUCCUUAAUCAGAUAAAAUCUCGGAAUAUGUUUCAAAAAAAUAUAAUGAAAAAACUCAGGAAAGAUGGGAAAAUGAAAUAUGAUUUUAACAUCGUCCGCAAGGAUAAUAAGACUGAAGAGAUCAUCGAAUUAUCUGAUCAGAAUUCUAAAACAGAUAUCGAAACAUGA